CCUCUCCCCUCAUCGAUGUUAACAUUGAACUCACCGAACCUCAAACACGACACAAACUCCUUCAAAGCCCCAUUUCCCCCCCCCUCUCUCUCUCUCUCUCUCUCUCUCUCUCUCUCUCUCUCUAAACUAUGGCCACCAAUUCCAUACAUUCCCUCCCUCACCGCCACCGCCACCGCCACUCCUCCCCCAACUACCACCUCAACCCGCCGCCCUCCACCGCCGGCUUCCUUAAACCCGUCACCGCCACCCUUAAAACCUCCCUCUCCUCUUCCUCCACUACCGUCACCACAUAUUCCCUCUCCCCCACCUCCCCAUCCUCCUCCUCCUCCACCACAACUGCUGCAGCUGCUGCUGCUGCUGCCGCCUCCACCUCCGAGCCCGCCACUGCCCUAGACGCCCUCCGCAACCACCUCUCCUCCAAGGACUACCGCCAGGCCGACGAGGAGACCCGCCGCCUCCUCAUUGUGCUCGCAGGCGAGGCGGCCGUGAAGCGGGGAUACGUCUUCUUCUCCGAGGUCCAGUUCAUCUCCGAGUCCGACCUCAAGGCAAUCGACUGCCUCUGGAGGGAGCACAGCGGAGGGAAGUUCGGGUACUCGGUCCAGAAGAAGAUAUGGGAGAAGGCCAACAAGGACUUCACCACGUUCUUCAUCAAGGUCGGGUGGAUGAAGAAGCUCGACACCGAGGUCGAGCAGUAUAAUUACCGGGCGUUCCCGACGGAGUUCACGUGGGAGUUGACGGAUGAGACCCCCGAGGGGCACUUGCCGCUGACAAAUGCACUCCGAGGGACUCGGCUUCUUAAUAGCAUUCUAAACCAUCCGGCUUUCAAGGAUACCGACGAGGUAGUCGCGGAAGAGGAAGAAGAUAGUGACAAUAGCUCGAAGUCUAGGGACAGCGGCUCGAAGCCCUUGAGCAAUAGGCUAUUCAAACCCAACUACAGCUUCUGAGUUCGAGUCUUCGAUACAAUCCGAUACAGUCCAAUCAAUGAUGAGCGUAACAAGCAAAGACGGUCGCCGCUGGAGAUUCCGAAUCGGGUAUCAUACAUUAGUUACCGGUUAAGCCGGCUCGACUGAGUUCUUUUCCUCGACUGGAAUUGACUGAUCUUCUUGCUUUAGCACAUACCCGUUAUAGAGUAAUUGAAAAUGGGGUUUGGCUUUUGCUUUUGGGAUGCAAAUAAUCAAUUAUGAGUAUAUUAUUAAUCAAUAUUAUUAAAAAUGAAUAUGUAAUCCUCUUCUCCCUUCAA